CUUAUUUUUUUUUUUUUUUUUUUAAUUAAUUGAGUAAAAUCCAAAAAGUUUUUUUUUUGGAAUUUAUGUUUAAACUUUAACAAUCUAUAUUUAUAUUUUAAUAAUUUAUACAAAUAAAAUAUUUAUUAUAGAAAAAAAUAAUUGACAAUAUUUUCAUGUUAAAUUUGAAUUCUAUAGAUCGAUCACAAUUAUAAUUCUUAUGUCAAAAACAGUUGACUAUUGCUACAUUUAAUUACUAUUAUUUUCAUCAACAGGAGCACUGUUGUCUUAUUCCAUUCUGAAUCGAUAAUAUCACGUAUGAUACGAAAAUGAUAACAGAGAAUAUUUUAUCUUCGGAUGAUGAGUCUAUUCUAAACUUAAUCUGUGGUGGUACGCCAAUUUGAAGACUGCGAGCGCACACAGUGUCACGUGGUCAGGCGCGACAAGCGCAUAUUCGAGAGAAACCUGGCGCCCUGGUGGCGGUCUUUAGGGCGGCCAUAUUUUCUCUCGUGGAUUUCAGUCACGAAGGUGGUGGUUCGCUGACAAUUUUUGGGAUGCGCCGUUUGAAGACAUUCUUGUGUGUUUUAUAUUCGUAAAUAAGUGACCAGUGCCAAUCAUGGCUAAAGGGAGUAAUAAUUUGACUGGAAGACGGUCGUCGUCGCAUAAUACAAAGCCUUACGACGCAAACAAUUCUUUUGUAAAAAAAGUGGCAACAAAAGUAACAGAUCUUAUACCACAAAGAUUAUGGAUCAGUAAGUGGUUUAACUCAUCUCAAAAUGAAGAUGUAUUAGAAGAUAACGAAAAUCUUGAAGAGGUUGAAUCAGAAGAAGAUAUACAAAAACCUCCACCUUUAAAACGACCAUGUAUUCGUAUGGAUGUCACUCAUCCACCUGGUACAUUUUCAAUUCAACCAAGGACUAAAUCAACAAUCAACAAAACCAGUGUAGCUAAACAACAAUAUUCAAUUCAUAAUGAAGUGAGUGAAGAUUUUUGUAAACCUGGAAUGGCCGGGCCAAGUGGAAUUAGUCAUUUAGUAUCUUCUACACCUACAAUGCAAUCGAGUAUUAGAAAUGUAGCACCUCAGAGAUCUGAAUUAAAUUCAUUAGUUGCUACUACAAAUAAUGGAACUACAAAUGGUACAGAUGAUAAUUCUGAAUCCAGUGAAAGCACUAGUGGUUGUAGCUCUCUUAUUCCACAAACAAAUAGACAAGAAGCUCCAUCAAAUGUCUCUUAUCACUCACCAUUUUCAAAGAGAAAAAGAUUCAAUGAUGAUAAAUUAAGUUUCACCAAUCAUAUGCAGUCUCCAAGAUCUUUAUUUUUAGAUAAUAACAACCGAGAUACUUUAAGUAGUCGUAGACCGAGCUUUAAUGCAUCUAUCAUGACAAACACGCCGGAUCGUGCAUCUCCCUUGGCAUCUCCUUUUUACAGUGGAAAUAUUACUUUUGGUGGAGCAAAUGCAGCAGGUCUUUAUAAACAAGGUCGUAAUCUGUUUAAUAGUUCAAAUGAGAUUCAACUUAAAGUUCCUAAAAGAACAAGUGUUGAAGUAAAACCAUCUAACACAGUAGGAAUUGAUUCAUCUGGUAUGAGUCAAACUGCUAAGAAAAUAUUGGAAGCAUUAGAACAUUUUUCGUCGCCAAUAACUGAUGCUAAAAAAAUACCAUUAAAAAUGAUGAAUAAUACAUCAUCAAUAAAUAAAAAAAGGACAAGGGAGGAAAUGACAUCAACAACUAAAGUUGGAUUACGUCAUUUAACUCGUGAAUUAACUGUACCAACUGUACCCGAUAUAUUAAAAUUAAGACGGCGGCAAAAAUUACAAGAUACAACAGUUGCAGCUAGAAAAAUUAUUUCAGCUCGAAGCGAACCACCGCCUCCACAAGAAUAUCAUCUCAGAACACAAACUAAUGAAGAUUUAAAACAUCAUGGAAAAACUAAAGGAGCAAAACUUGAACAGGAAGAUACAAUUGAACCUGUCAAUUUACCAAAUAUACCUUUACCAAUAUCUUCAUUACCUAAUUUCAAUUUUAUGCCAUCUACUAAUACAACGAUAGUAGAUGAAGCUAGUACAGAUAAACAAAAUACAUUCACAUUUGCAAGUCCUAUAAAAGUAACAAGUACUACGAAGAAUUUAAAAUCGAUUAAUAAUUUUACUUUUAGUAGUCCAAUUAAUGCUGAUAAACAAUCAAUUGAUAAAUCUAAUGAUAUAAAUUCAUCUUUAAACAAAAAUGGUAUUAAACCUAAUAUAUCUUCUAAUGAAUAUAUACCUCCUGUAAUACAAAACUUUAUUUGGUCUGAUUCGUCUAUAGCUCCUAGACUAAAAGAAAAAAUAAAAAAUAGUGAUGGCACUAUUUCUUCAGAUGAAUUAAAAUCAGGAAGUGUUAUGGAUGUUCUUUGUUCUAAAUCUGAAAAAUUAAAUGAAUCAAAAAUGCAAUUAGAUUCAGAAACAACUAUUAAUAAAAUAAAUACUGUUAGUCCAAAUAUAAAUGAUAAUAUUAUUAAAGCUCUAAAUUCACAGUCUAAUAUGUGGGAAUGUUCUGAAUGUUUGUUCAAGAACAAUGAUUCUGAAACACAUUGCUUUACUUGUAAAGCUAUUAAAUCAAAUCUUAAGGAUAAAAAGAUUUCUGAAAUAUCAACAUCUAAUAAUGCCAGUGAAUUAAAAACUACAGUAAAAGAUCAUUUUGGAUUGCAAUUUAAGCUUUCAAGUAAUCAAUGGGAAUGUACAUCAUGUUUCCUAAAAAAUAAACAAAGUGAUACUAAAUGUAUUGCAUGUAGUGCUCUUAAAUCAGAUAUAAAGCAAGAAAUUAAAUUUGUUAAACAUAAAGAAAGAUUUGAAGAAUGUCCUAAAUGCAAAUCAAAAGAUUUUGAAAAAUCAACUACAUGUUCUUGCAAUACAUUUAAAUCAAAUGAAUUAAAAAUUACUCCACAGAAAAAUACGAAUUCUACAGAUAAUACAGAUAUAUCUGCAAAUGAAGAUAAUAGAACCAAUACAUCAACUAAUACAUUCUCAAAUAUAGAUAAAUUAAAAUCAAGUAAAGAUACAUGGGAAUGUCCUUCUUGUAUGGUUAGAAAUCUUAUUUCUAUUGAUUCUUGUCCAUGUUGUAAUACAGCUAAACCAAGUAUUGGAAUUACUACUAAGAAUAUUGUGUCAACAUUUCCAAAUGGAUUUGGAGAUAAAUUUAAAAAACCUGAUGGUGCAUGGAAUUGCAACACUUGUAUGAUACAAAAUGAAGAAAAAAUUACUAUAUGUGUAGCUUGUGGUGAUUCAAAGCCAGGUUUAAAGAAAUCAGAUAAUUCUACUUCUGCAAAUACUAGUUCCAAUUUACAAUUUAAUUUUGAUAUGCCUGCAAAUAGUACUGGUUUUAAAUUUGGCAUUGAUAAGGCUGGUCAAGAAAAGACUGAUAAUACAAUAUCUUCAAAUGGUUUUAAAUUUGGCGAAAAUCAACAAAAUAGUCAAACUGGUCAAUUUACAUUUGGUAUACAAAAAGAAGAAAAGAAAACAAGUGAAAUACAAAAAUCAGAAAAUAAUAUUCUUUCAACUUCAGAAAAUGCUUUUCAAACUAAUGCAAGUAAUAGUGAAAAGACUGAUAUAAAACAAAAUCCAGAAAAAAUAGAGAAAAACACAACAUUAUUUUCGUUUGGUAUAGCUAAAAGUGAGAGUGCAACAAUAGAAUGUAAUAAACAAUCUGCAAAUGUAACAACUGCAACAAUUCCAUCUACAUUUACAUUUGAUACAUCUAAACCUACAAUGGUACAAUCAGAUACAAAGGAAGAAAAACAAAUUGAAAAUACUAUAGUAGAAGUUUCAAAACCAAGUACAGGAACUAUAGAAUCUUCUAAUACUAUUAAUACAAACACAUUAUCUUCAAUAACUCAAAGUAAUACGCAAGAAACUAAAUCAACUGCUACUUUCUCAUUUGGGGUACCAAGUAAUACAAUUGCAGUUACUAGCAGCACUUCUACAAUUGUAGUAUCAAGUCUUCCAUCUUCUACUCAAUCUUCCUUUACAUUUAUUGAAUCAAAAUCAACUACACAAACAUCAAUUGUACCAACUUUUGGUCAAAUAUCGACAUCAGCUCCUACAGCUAAUUUAUCUAAUACCUUUACAUUUGGAGAUAGUAAAACAAGAGAAGGAUCUUCAAUGACUAAAACUUUUGGAACAUUACCAAAUGCUCCUUCUGGAAAUACAUUAUUCUCAAAUAUUUCUAAUUCACCAUCAUUAUUUAAUAAUGAUACAAAAACUACACCAACAUUUGGACAAACUUCAACUGAAGAUAAUAAACAACCUGCAUUUGGUGCUACAAGUACAAAUAAAUCCUCAACUUUUGCAAUACCAGAAAAUAAAGUACCAAUAUUUGGAAAUACAGAAAAUAAACCAAUUUUUGGUUCACCUGACACAAAAAUGCCUGUAUUUGGAAAUACAGAUAAUAAAGUAACAUCUUUAUUCAAUCCACCAUUGCAACCAUCAACUGCAACACCAAUACCUUUUGGUGGACCAUCAGCUACACCAACACUUUUUAGAUCGUCCGUUACUCCUGUUUUUGGUAAUAAUACUACUUCAACAUUUACUACUGAAUCAACACCUAGUAUAUUUGGAUCUACCUCAAAGCCAAAUGAAACUGGCACAUCAAAUUCAAACAUAUUCACAUUUGGCACUAGUCCUCCUCAAGCAGUAGCAAAAUCAGGAACUGGAUUCAAUUUUUCUGCAAAUACUAAUCCUGGUGAAUCGACACAGAAACCAUUAUUUACAUUUGGUAGUCAUACAUCCACUCCACAAAGUAACAAUUUAUUUGGAAAUACAUUCAAUAAUCCUACAUCAACAAAUGCUGGUUUUACAUUUAAUGCACCUAAACCAGAAGCAACAGCAUUUGCUCAAUCUGCAGCUACAACUCCUACAAUUUUCGGUACACCACAACCUGGAGUACAAAAUCAAGCAUCAUCUUCGUUUUCAUCUACUCCUUCAAAUACAGGAUUUAAUUUUGGGACUACAACACCUGCUGUUACAUCAUCAGGAGGUUUUAAUUUUGGUGUAGUUGCAUCUGCUUCUACACCAUCUGCAGGAUUUAAUUUUAAUCCUCCUAGCAAUACACCUACAUUUGAUCCUAAUACUCCACCAUCAUUUAACUUUACUGGUGGCAAUGCACCUCCAACAUUUAAUGCUACACCUACUCAAACACAACGGAAAAUUAAAAAAGCUUUUAGAAGGAUGCGGUAGAAGGGCAAGUAAUAUAUGACCAUAGUUCAGAACACACUCGGAUGCACUUUUUUUAUAUCUAUUUCAUGCAACUGCGUGUGUAAAUAUGUUUUUGAAUAUAUGAUAAAGUUAUAGUAUGAUACAAUGAAAAUAUCAUAUACCGAUCGGUCACAUCAAUGUGGUGGUAUACCAAGCAUUUUAUGUAAUAUAUUAAUUUGUCAAUAGGAUAUGCUUGCGUACAACCACUUGUGUUCUACAGGAUCUGUAAAUUAUAAAUUAUUUAAAUUAUACAAUAAUAACAAAUGAUACUUCGAUGUUGGCAUGAAGCCAGUUUUGCAACUAAAACAGAUCAUAAUGCUAUUGCAUUAUUAAUACCUUGCCCAAACAAGACACUGUAUAUGUACUGACGUGACAAUUUAAUUUGCUGAAACGAGAUAAUACCUCGAUAAAGAAAUUUAAUAAAGCACUUAAUAUGUGCAAUUUAUUGAAGAUAAUGAGUGGGAGUGUAUCCCUCAGGUAAGUAUAAGUCAUUCACAACUCGUGACAAUGAUUUUGUAACUAAUAUAAGAAGAGAGAGGGACUAAACAGUGCCGAAGUACAUUGAGUAAAAAUUAUUUUUUUGUAAAAUAUGAAAGAAAUGUUGCAAUAACUUGCAAUGGCUUUAUUCUUAUAUUUCUAUGUAAAAACAAUCAUUCUUACCUGACUAGUUAUUUUUAAUAAAUUCAGUAUACACGAUUUUACAUAGUCAGGUACACGAUCUUAAAGGAGCUUAAUGGAAGAGAAAUAUGUGCUUAACAGAUGGAAUUCUUUUAUUCAUUUCUUCUAUAAAUUUCGAGACGUUACGAGUCUUGUGAAUCGACUGAAUAUCAAUGAUGUCCCACUGCGUAUAAACAUUAAUUAUAUUUUAAUUAGAAUUUUGUGGACAGUUCUACAAUCUUUGUAGUACUAGUCCAAAAAAACGUGUAUCAUAUAAAAAAAAUGGCAUUCGGAUAGUACAAACUCACGAUUACUGAACAAUUGCAUUGAGUAGUCGAAAUUGUAUAUUUUUUUUAUAUAUUGAAUGAGCUAAUCCUAUAAGAAUAUACUGAAUGCCAUUUUAAUAGGAUUAAAUUAUAGUAAUGUUGUGUGUUUUAUCAUAGAAUGAAUGGAAAAUGAAUCAAGAAGUAUGUUGAAUGGAAGUAAAUUAUUAUGGGGCUUCUAAAGAGUUACUUCUUUUUGUUACUAAAUUAAAUAUAUUUUUAUAAUGAGUUUCUAAAAUUGAUAUCAAUUUUGUAUAUUACUGUUAUUUCUACUACAUAAAUAUAUCAUGGAAACGUAUCAUUCUGUAUUAACAAAACUAAGUAUAUAUUACAAUAAAAUUAGUAGAAAUAAAAUUAAAAAAUUAUACUUAAUUGUUAAAAGAUAUAGACGAAAAGUCAUAUUCUGACAUACUUUUAUAAGAUAUACUAUUUUUUUUUCUUUUUUCUUUUCUUUUUCUUCUUUUUUUUUUUUAAGAUUCAUUUCUUUUAUAAUAUUUUUCGUUCUAAUGACAAUGUUUAUACAAUUACAGAUUUUAACAAUGAGUGCAAUUUUAUCAAGAGUGAUAUUAAUUUUUAUAAAUGUAAGUAUAACAAAAUUGUUUCCAAAACAUUAAACAACCAUGAAAUGGAUAUUCUUUUUAGAAGUCCCUAAAUACAGAAAGUAGUUAGUUGACGUGUUAAUGAUUAAUGAAUUAAUAUAAAAUCAUACACGUCUUAUUUAAGAUUAGGAUAGUUAUAUCUAUAAUGUUGGCUUAAAAUUGACAGUAGCCAAGAAUAACUCGGCACAAGACCCACCUUCUGCCAUAGUAGAUAUGUAAGUAGGUACAAACAACUCUGUUAUAUAUUGUUGCUCUAUAUAUGUUGUGUAAUAUUUACAUUAUAGAUUUUAAGACAUUUUUAAUUUCUGUAUACAUUAUCAAAACACAAGGAUAAUAUAUAAUAGAGAAAUCUUGAUUUCAUGUUGAUAAUUUAUAAAUUGCAAACUCUGAAAAUACCCUUCGUAGUUGUUACCUAUUAUACUAAAAUAGUAUUGCUAAGUAUGUAAAAAAUAUAUCAACGUAAUUAGUCCAUUUUUUUUGUAUAAUUAAAAAUGCAAUUAUUCUACUGUUUAAAUGUAGAACAAGAUUUAUCGUAAUUCAGUAAUUGAAAUAGACUAGUUAAUACUUACAGUACCUCUUAAUGUUAUCCUUUAUAAAAGAAAUGAUCUUCUCUACGAAGGGUUCUCUUCCGCACAUAGUUAUAUUGUCUAAAUUAAAAAAUUAUAGCUUUGUAUAAUUACCAGCUGAAAUACUAACCAAUGGUAAAGUGAGGCUGCGCUGAGAUAUGUCUAUGCUGCUGUCCUACACUGUGAACAUUCUCUGUCGAGGCUGUGUCGUCCAUUUGUCUAUCCCUAGACAAAUUUCCAAAUUAAUGAAUAUAUCAAAUGCUGCCUAAAAGAGGCAGUACCUUUGUAUUAAAUCUCGUAUAUGGCCUUACAAAACAUAACGAGCGCGUGACGUAGAUGUAUUAAUGAUUGUAAAGCAAAUCAUAUUGGAAUUGUUUUGUAGCAGUUUGUACUCUCCAUUGCAAUGUGUUUGCAUAAAUACUUGAAGAGCACUACAUUAAAAUCGUUCAACAAUAGAUAUUUAACAUCUUAUGACUCAUAGAAAAUUUGCUUUUAUCAUUGUAACUAUUGAAAAUAUUAUAUUUUUAUGAAAUUAAGUAUUAAUUGUUUAAAUUAGUCACUUAAUAUUAUAAUUUAUAAUUUUGAACCAUAUGUAAAAUAAAAAUAUAUGUAAUAAUUAUAAAUAUUUUUUUUCUUUUUUGUUAAUGAAAUCUCUUUUCUAAGCAUGAUGUGCAAAAAUUCUGUGAGUUAUAAGAUGUAAAUAAUGAGUCAAAUGUUCUGAGGCCUUAUUAUAAUCUUAGUCCAUGAAAAUUAUGUAUUGUACUGAAUUUACAUGAAUAUCUGUAAUGAUUAUAUUGAGAAUGUAUUAAUCAAUGAUCUAAUGUUCACAAAUGAGAGAGUUUGUUAUAAAAUAAGUCCAAUGACUGCCUGUAAUUAAAUAAAAUGUACAUGGGAGAAUGUUCACUGUAUGCUUCAGGUGCUAUGGAGAUGUUAUAACAUUCUUAUGUCAUGGUAUAAUGUUAGAUAAUAUUGUGAAAGAGUAUCGGUGUUUCUCAACCGAUAAAUUAUUAAUAAUUUAAUAAUUUUUAGUCGCACAAAUGAAGCACAGAAAGCUAUUAAUAUUCUCUUAUUUCUGAAUAAAAACAAAAAUGUUUUAUAAAAUUACAAAUAUUUUAUUUAAAAGAAAACAUGAAGACGUAUUUGAUUUAUUGAAAAAUACGUAAUAAACACAAAAUUAUAUAAUUAAAAUAGUAGUAAUACAUUACAUAGAAUAAAAGUAGAUCUAUUUGCGAACGAAUAUAUAAAUAUAAUUAUGAUAAAUGAAAAACUCGAUAGCCUCAUAUAAUAUAAUUUAUUGAAUAAAUGUGACAUUGCUUUAAUGCGUAACAUUUGCAAUGACGAGGGCUAUUGAGCUUGUGUUGAGAAACACCGUAAAUAGGAUACAUUCACGUUAACAUUAUUACCAUUAUUAUUCUUAAUAUUAUUAUCCUCCGCUGUAUUCAUAAUAAUUAUAUUAUACAGUACUAGGAUAUAUGAAAAAUAUCAAUUGAAAACAAUGACGUUUAAUUUUGGUUUACAAUUUUAUUUUAUAGCUAGUAAAUAACGAUUUUAAGGAGGGCAUUUAGAUAAUGAUGCGAACCAAGGAGUUUUUAAAUAAGUACAAUUAUCGUGUAAUAUAACUACACUUUAAAUUUUAAUUUUUUUUUUUUAGUAAAUAAUGUAAAAUGUACGAGAACAAAUAAAGCACGUGUAGUACUUCGUAAAAACCCUUUGGUUCACAUAGAGAAAGUAAUCUGAAAACGAAUGUUAGAAUUCAGUCGCAGUCUCGAAUUCUUAGGUCAAAUGUAUUUGUUUAAUGAUUACAUUUCGCGUUGCUUUUUAUUUCUGUAAGUAUCAAGCUCACUCCUUAACAGUUCCUCAAAGAAAAUAUACAAAAUAAGAAAUCCAUAUUAUAAUAUAAUAUUAUAGUAUUUGUGGUUUUAUCAUCCUGAACAAUCAUAUGUCUGUUCUACAUGUUUUUAGUAAAAAAAUAUUUUAUUUUAGUUACAUGAUAUAUUUAAAUGCAAAAUUCAAAAAAAGCAAAGGAAAGUAAUCUUCUUUAAAUAGUUUGAACAAAGUUAGAGUGGGCAAAAUAUAAGUAUUUUUUUCACACUUCAAAAAGUUUUAUAAAAAUAAGUAAUUAAAAAUUACAAAAACAAAUGAUUAAAAAUUAAAAAAAUAUUUUUUUCUACAUAAAGUAGCCCAGUUAUUAUUAAUUAAAAGUUCAAAUUGAUUAUCGUGUUGUCUACUAUAAAAUCUACGUAUUCAGUUUCCACUUACUAGAACUAUACAAUAAUUAUAUAACGUUAAUUCAUUUUCUUAUGUUGCACAGCUGUAUGAGGAGUUAUGCAGAAAAUAAAAAUUAUCUACGAUUAAGAUACA